AAUGCUGACUGGAAUGCAGAUUGACUGGUCUUAAUUUCUUAACAUCCUUUUCAUACAUAAGAAUCUUAUAAUUUGUAAAUCAAAUUAUCAGGAUAGAAAAUAAUAAUUUGUUCAAAUGCCAACAGACUGAGUACAAGAGAGUCAUUUCACCACUGAAGUACCAGACAAGAUGUGUUGCUGCCUUCCCGGAUCAGCAAGGUUUCUUGGUUGGUUCAAUUGAGGGAAGGGUUGGUGUACACCACCUUGAUGAUGCACAACAGGGUAAAAACUUCACCUUCAAAUGCCAUAGGGAAGGCGCUGAGAUAUACUCAGUAAAUUCUUUGAAUUUCCAUCCUAUUCACCACACUUUUGCAACUGCUGGGUCUGAUGGUGCUUUUAAUUUUUGGGACAAGGAUAGUAAACAGAGACUGAAGGCCAUGUCAAGAUGCAGUCAACCGAUUCCUUGCAGUGCUUUUAACAACGAUGGAUCAAUAUUUGCAUACUCGGUUUGUUACGACUGGAGCAAGGGUGCAGAAAAUCACAACCCAGGAACAGCAAAAACCUAUAUUUUCUUGCAUUUGCCACAGGAAAAUGAAGUGAAGGGGAAGCCGAGAGUAGGAGCCGGUGGUAGAAAGUGAAUAUUGUCUCUUAUCGUGGUGAUUGAGAGCCAAGUAGAAAGAGAACAUCUUCAAUCUCUAGUUUGUUGAUAGCCAUUCUUUCCCUCUUGAGCAACUGUUUUGUGAAUCUUCAUGAUAGUAGUCUGGUUUAGGAAUGAAUUUCUCAUACGGUUAUCUUCUCACUAAUUUCAACCUGUUCAACUGUUUUGGGAUUCUAUUCCAUGUGAGGAUUAACGUUUUCAAUCAAUUACAAUUUUGAGCUUAAUCUUUCGAUCCCACUGAAACAUUUUAGAGUCUU